AUGCCCUGGAAAGAAGGAGGGCCUCCAAAACGAAGCAACUACGACAUCGCUCUGAAGAGGAUGCUCUCCGCUGAAAGGGGGUUUAUGAAAAAGGGUUGCUUCGAGGUCGUAAAAGAGGAAGUGCAAAAGUUGUUAGACCAGAACUUUAUCACAAUGAUUCCACCUGAACAAAUUGCUCAUGAUAAACCCGAAUGGUACCUCCCAUUGCAAGCAGUGUUUACGCCAGAAAGAACCACAAAAGUUCGACUAGUCUUUGAUUCAUCUUCAAAAGGUCAUGAUGGAUUGUCCCUCAACGAUUACCUUGAGAAAGGACCUAACUUCAUCAAUAGUCUUCUGGAUGUACUGGCAGCAUGGCGAUGGGACGAAGUGGCGUUCACUGGUGACGUUCGUAAAAUGUUCAACCAAAUCCUGGUAUAUCCUGAGGAUCAGGUGUACCACAGGUUUCUUUGGAGGAGCAACACACGUGACAAACCAACUGUUUACCAGUGGCUAAGACUGAACUUUGGUGAUAAACCGGCCCCUGACGUCGCAACUAAUGCUAUCAACACGCUAGCCAAGCUUUCGAACGCAGAAUUCCCGGAAGCUGCAGGAGAAAUCCGACAGCAUGUGUACGUGGAUGACAUCGGUGGCUCCAGAGAAACAGUAACCAAGGCAAAGCAGAUUAUCAGCCAUAUCGACGCUGUCCUCGCGAAAGGCAACUUCCAGAUCAAAACUUGGCAUUCCAAUGAGGCAGAAAUCGACCAAUCCAACGGUGAACGGUUCACGGAUCUUCUCGGCCUAAGCUGGGAUAAACAGCUAGACACGUUCACCUUCAAAAAGAAUGACCUCGGAGAACUGGAUGUCCUGACAAAGAGGCGCUGUUUAGGUCUUGUUGGUCAGUUAUGGGACCCCAUCGGUCUUGUGCUGCCCGUCGCAAUCAAGUUCAGAAUUGACCUGCAAGGAUUAUGGAGUUCAGGUUACAGCUGGGACGACAUCCUUCCCGAGAGUAUUCAGCAAACAUGGUUAGAGAAUGUCCAGUCCAUAAAUGAUCUCCUGUCAUUUCAGUUUGACCGCAAGCUAAAACCAAAGAACGCAGUGGGCGUGCCUCAAAUUCACGGAUUCUCCGAUGGUGGUGAGCAGGCUUAUGGUGCGGUCAUCUUCCUACGGUGGAAACUUGCUGGCGGAGACUAUCGUAGUGUUCCAGUCACGAUAAAGGCUUUCGUCGCACCUCUGAAGAAGAAGAGCAUCCCGAGAUUAGAACUGUUGGGCUGUUUAGCACUUGCACGCAUGUACGUUACAUGUGUAAAAGCAUUGGAGUUCGCAAAAGCCCAGGACUGGGAAAGAUUCUUCUGGAUCGAUUCAUCAACCGUUUUGUCCUGGAUCAGAACGCCACCACGGGAAUUCAGGCCUUUCGUAUCUGCCAGAGUGGCUGAAAUUCAAGAGACAAUUGGGGCAGACCAAAUACGCUACAUCAAGUCUAACAACAACCCCGCAGAUGCUCUAACGAGAGGAAUCCAUCUUAAUCAUCUCAUGAAGUGGUCAGAGGGACCAUCCUUCCUAGAGUUGCCAGAAGAAAAGUGGCCCAGCGCUCAAGACCACACCCGAGUUAACACUCAUGUGGACGACCUCGACGCUUUAAGAGAGAAGAAAACGUUUCGGAAAGAGAAGAAAGCCGGUAAACAUCACAGUGCCGCCGCGGAAGUAUGUCCUGAACUAGAUCAACCUGGAUUUGAAGAAAAUCCUAUCCUUUUACACUUGCUGAAAACGUGUUCUACGUACUCCAAGAUACGGAGAACUCUAGCCUACGUCGGUCGCUUUAUUCACAACGCUCGGAAAAUGAACCCAAAGUCAGGGCCCAUUUCAGUUCAGGAACUGAAGGCUGCCGAGACCCAUCUUCUGAAGUGGAGUCAAUUUCACGUCAACGAAGACAGCUUGGAUAAGAAACUGGUAGCAAAGAAGGAUGAAGAUAGCCUUUUUCGUGCGCAUGGUCGACUUGAAGAUGUCAGAUGUCUCCCGGAAGAGUUGAGAAAACCUAUCAUCUUGCCAAAAGACCACCCCUUUGUGAUCUUGCUUCUGCGUGACCUCCACGAACGACGUGGGCAUUGUGGCUAUAAGAGUUUAAUCCACGAGGCCAGAAAAAGAUUCUGGAUCAUUGGACUCCGCAGAAUGGCUAAGACCGUCACCUCAAAGUGUGUCAUAUGCAGAAAACUACGGAAAAGGCCUCUCAACCAGCUCAUGGGACAGAUUCCAAACCUAAGAGUAGCAGCUGGCUUCCCGGCAUUCUCAAACACUGCUAUGGACAUGUUUGGGCCAGUACAGAUCAAGCUCGGCCGCAAAACUCUGAAAGAGGCACAAGUGAUCAUCUUCGCUUGCAUGACAUCACGUGCGAUUCAUCUUGAGCUGGUCACCGAUAAAACUUCAGACGCAUUCUUAAUGGCCUUUCGACGGUUUGUCUGCCUACGCGGACACCCUAAUGUUUGCUGGUCAGACCGUGGUACAAAUUUCGUGGGUGCCCAAGGCUACCUAAAGGAAAUCACGCAGAACUGGGAUAUUCCUGGGGUAAAGAGUGUCCUCUCUGAUAAAUUUAGCUGCGAGCUCAGAUGGGAAUGGAAUACACCACAUGCGAGUCACCAAAACGGAGUUGUUGAAACCCUAAUUAAGUCAGUCAGACAAGCAUUUAACGCCACUUGCAAGAACCAAGCCUACUCCGAGGAACAAUGGAGAACAAUUCUGUCAGAAAUCACCUACAUGGUCAACGGACGACCGCUGUACCCCAGUUCCGACGAUAUCUGGGAGGCCCCACCGAUCACUCCAAACGACCUACUUCUAGGCCACUACAAUCCACCACCACAACCAGAACCAGAGGAAAGAACCAAUCCGCGACAAUUACUCAGGAGCGCCCAAAACAGAGUUGCUGAUUUCUGGAGGAGCUGGAUGAAGUAUUUCGCCCCAAACUUGUUACCAAGGAACAAGUGGUUUCGCGUGCGAGAUAACAUCCAGAUCGGUGAUCUUGUAUUGGAGCUGGACCCCAAACACAAAAGAUGUGAAUGGAAAAUGGCGCGUAUUGUAGGCACAUAUCCUGGAAACGACGGACUUGUCCGAAAAGUGAGAAUCAAGACAAGAGACGGAGAGUAUGACAGACCAAUUCACAAGUUAUGUCUCAUAGCCACUCAAGACGAACUGAAUGCGGAUUGCUCAAGCUAG